AUGGCCUCCAAGAACAUUCAAGAAGCUAGUCCUGGUCAGAUUUAUGCCAAGAUCGUCGAUGACGCACAAAAAAUUAUGCGUCAGUUCAAUACUCCUGUCGCGUCUGCCAACCUACUGAACAAGAUAACGGAGCGGGAACUGAGUACGACCACUGCUCCGGCGGAGUGGAAUACCUACCACCAGAUGACCAAUUUACAUCGUCUGCAACUAGAGACGUUGUUUGGCAUGAUACACAGUGUCGACGAAAAUGCCUGCAGUGGAUGGCAACCUCAGGGGACAUGGACAAGCACGGUCGUUACUGUUGGAACUUAUGGCGCAAAAGCCUUCACCUAUGAUGGAAAGAAACAAUUGGCGGCGCAGCUGGUCUCGAACGAGGGCAUUGCUUCCCUCAAAGCUGAUUUUGACCUCAUCCUCAAGCUCGUCACCAAGCUCACCGAACUCCCUACCCCGAAAAAGGCCCAAUAG